GGUCAGUGCACAGCUAUGGAAUCUGGGCCACUGUCAGAAGGAAGCUACUUGGGGCUGCUCCAAAGUGAGGUUGACCCCCUACAACUUUUCCAUUUUUACGACCAAUCCCUGACUGGAGAAGAAGAGGUUGAGUUUUCUUCAGAUCCUGAUACUGACACAAUCAACUGUGAUCAAGUGAACAGGCUAUGGAAUGCCAUAGAAAACGAGGGCACAGGAGAGGCCUAUGACAGGAUAGCUGCACUGGCAGAAUACAUGUUUUCAGAUCCACAUCCAGAGACUGAAGGUAUUUUUGGGAACAUUGACCCAGAUGAAGUGCUUAACGAGAAUAUAGAUGCAUUGGCUGAGGUGCCACAGAAAUCACAGAAAUGUCAGAAAAGAUUGUUUCUGGAUAAGCCUGAGCCUCAGUCAGACAUUUGGGAGACCAAACGCAGAAAACCAGAGGCAUCCCCAGCCAUUCCAUUGGUAACCAACAAUUUAGUGACAGCAUCUUACAGUGACAAUUUGGUCCUGAAAGACUCUCUGUCUCCUCUCCCAGGCCAAGUUGCCAAGCCUAGCCUGCCCUCCAUGGAAGAAGCCUUUCUGGUGCCUGUGUCCUCAGCCAGUCCUGUUUUUGCUUGCCUGAAUUUCAACGGGGGACCUAUCCAACUCAUCCCUGCCUUCCCCACUCUGCCCCAAGGUGUAUUCCAUUUCACAGUGGAAAAUGGAGUCUCCAACAUCUUCUUAUACCCAGCCUCAUCAGGGGAUGAUGCCAUCAUACAGAGCCUCCCAGUGUCACCUGACAGGCCUGGCUCCACCAGUCCAUCUGUUCCAUCAGCAGCAGAUAUGCCCAACAUGCCUGAGGCCUCAGCUCUAACUUUGCAAGGCAGAAAAACAGAUGUACAUUUAGAACAAGCCCUGGAACAGCUCACAACAAUGGUAGUAGAUUCUAACCUAGCUCCCAGACAGCCUGAGUCUGUGGAAUGGUUCUGUCGUGCUCUACAAAAGGCAUAUGGGGAUGUUCCAGAAGGUCAAAACAGCCAUUACAUUGACGUAGAACUCACAAGAACCCAGGUGGAAAAAAAUAGCAAGUAUCAAGAGAAAGACCUGGCAAUCCAGGACUGGACAGAGAGACAGAAGGCAUGCGUGGGAUGGAGAGAAGUCUUUGCCCGCCCCAGUGGGCAGAAAGGGGAGACACAGGUGAUUGCAGUACUAGGCAAGGCUGGCUUGGGCAAAAGUGCCUGGACUCGGGCGGUCUGUAGGAACUGGGCCCAGGGCCAGCUUCCUCAAUAUGAAUUUGUCUUCCACUACAAAUGCCAUGGCCUGAACUUGCCAGGGAAUGACUAUUGCCUGAAAGAUCUGUUUUUUAGACUCUGUCAUCACUCAUUGGAAGAAAGUGAGGAAGUCUUCAAAUAUAUUUUGAAGCACCCAAACCACAUUCUGGUCAUUCUGGAUGCCUUUGAGGAACUAGAGGGGCAAGAUGGCUUCCUGCAUUGCCUGGCCAGCUCCUCUCCUAGAGAUCCCCAGUCCAUCAAAGGGCUGCUGGCUGGUCUCUUCCAAAGGAAGCUCCUAAGGGGUUGCACACUGCUGAUCACAACCAGGCCAAAGGGAAGGUUUAUCCAGUACUUGGCCAAAGUAGACAGCCUCCUGGAGGUGCAGGGCUUCUCUCCUGAGCAGGUAGAGUCUUACUUUGAAAAGUAUUUCCAGGAUUCACCAUCAGACAGGGAUGAAGUCUUGAGGCUCCUCCGGUCCCAGCCCUACCUGCUCAGCCAUUGCUACAGCCCUGCUGUGUGCCUCUCCCUCUGUCAGCUGUGUGAGAAAAUCCUGGCUGCGGGAGGUCCAACCCAACUUCCCUCCACACUCACUGGUCUCUUUGUCAGCCUCUUCUCCUUAGCACUGAGAGCCAAGAAAAAAGGAACAUCAGAAACCUGGCCCAGGAGGUGCCUGGCAGGGUUGGCAGAGUUGGCAUGGGAGCGAGGCCAGAGACACUGCAAUGUCCUGAGAGAGGACCAGUUCCCCUCUGAAGAAGUGAAGGAAUUCACUGUUUCUGGGGACUUUAUGUGGCCAUUGCCAACAGAUGGGGAUCCAGAGAUGGCCUUCUCUACCUUUCUCCUGCAGAACUUCCUGGGAGCUCUGAGACUGGCACUGAGUGGGGAAGUAAGACACAAGGAGCUCCCCAGGUACAUAGCCCUGACCCCUAGGAAGAAGAAACCCUAUGACAACUGGCUGGACCGGGUACCCCGCUUCCUCUCUGGGCUUCUCUUCCAACCCCUAUCCUCCUGCCUUGGUCCCCUUGGUGGGGAUGAGCAGGUUGAGCUUGUAUGCAAGAGGCAGAAGGUCCUCUUGAGCUAUCUGACACGGUUACAACCUGGGACACUGGGACCUGGGAGGCUCCUUGAACUGCUGCAUUGUGCCCAUGAGGCAGCUGACAGCCACCUCUGGGGGCAUGUAACCGCUGGGCUACCCUCCUACCUUUCCUUCUGGGGAGUUCGCCUGGCCCCACCAGAUGUGCAUGUUUUGGGAGAGGCCCUGAAAGCAGCUGGCAAAGACUUCUCCCUGGAUCUCAGAAGCACCUCCAUCAACCUACAUGGGCUACGGAUCCUGGUCCAACUUGACUGUGUCACCUGCUUCAGGGCAUCUCUGAGUGACACAGUGUGGCUGUGGGAAUCCCUUCAGCAAAGUGGGCAACAUGAACUACUCCAAAGUUCCACUAAGAAGUUCACCAUUGAUCCCUUCAAAGUCAAGUCCAUGAAGGAUGUGGAGGACCUUUGCAGCCUGGUACAUAUCCAAAGCUCAGGAAAUGUUCCUAUAGAGGCAUGUGACCCUCUCCCUGCCAUCAGAGACUUGAAGAAGCUUGAGUUUGCACUUGACACAGGAUUGGGUCCCCAGGACUUUCUGGAAUUGGUUAGGAUUCUUGCAGCUUUUUCAUCCCUUGAGCAUUUAGACCUGGACACCCUAAGUGAGAACAAGAUUGGGGAUGAAGGUGUAACUCAGCUCUCUGCCAUCUUUCCAGAAUUAAAGGUCUUGGAAACCUUGAACUUGUCUCAGAAUUGCAUCACUGAUGUGGGAGCCACAGAGUUGGCCAAAGCUCUGCCAUCACUAGCAACAUCCCUCAUUACCUUGAGCCUGUACAACAACUGCAUCUGUGAUACUGGAGCCGAGAACAUCGCUAGUGUGCUUCCCAAAAUGGUGUCCUUGAGAGUCCUGGAUGUUCAGUACAACAAGUUCACAGUUGCAGGAGCCCAGCAGCUCACAGCCAGUCUGAAGAAAUGUCCACAUAUUGAGACAUUGGCGAUGUGGAACUCCACUAUUCCUUAUGGGGUUCAAGAACACCUACAGCAUCUAGACUCCCGAAUAAGCUUGCGGUAGUACUGUAUUGACUCUUCAGAAAGGUAACUAGGUCUGAGGACCAGAAAUCCCAUCCAUCCAUCAGGCUUUCAGCUCAGGGGCCCAAAUCCCGGCUAGAAGAGCCUAACUUGGCUGCCAUCUUGGUUUGUAUCCAGCUAUUUCAGACUAGUCAGAGUUCCUCCUGAUCUCCUGCCAGCAUAAGGUCUCUUGGCUUGGCAAAAGGCCAUCAACGUCAGGGUGACGAUGAAACACGGCUCCUGGCUCUCUGAUGUAUUCAUCUGGCAGCUGUGGUAUGGAAGGUGAACUAAGGGAAGCAACAUUUCCUCUUUCCUUUGAGUGUCCCAGGAGGCAGAAGAGUAGGAUGAGAGAAAGAAGCACUGCCCGUCUGCUCCUCAACCCCAACCCCUUCAGAUAUCUAAUUCUCAAAGAUGGAAAGAAGCUGGUUGCACUGUGGUAACUGCACGUUGGCUGUUGGAUGUGUCCUUUUGCACUGACUUUCCAAAGCAGAAGAGUUUCAAGGCAGAGAGAUCUGAAGCCAAUCUGGGCUAGCCAAAAAACACUUGAGUUACAAGAUAUUAUAGAUAACAGUAAUAGUAGUGGUUCUUGGUCAAAGUUACGCUACC